AUGGCGACGCAUACUACUGACCCCGAGCUCGACUCUCGCCCUAGUGAGACUACAUUCACAGACGGCGAGCUCAACUCGGUUAUUGAAGCAACCAACGAGAUCAUCUCAUCGACACCGGCGGCUGUGGACUUACAGAUAGUCGAGGACGUGGGCUCAUACUACUGGGAUGCGUCUACAAUGGGCCAGCUGAACAAGAGAUCCCUGGCUGCCAUAGCCCGCCUCCGGGCAUAUCAAUCGCCGCCAUUUCCACUAUGGGACCGGCUCCCGGCGACCCGGCGAGCGGCCGUCCUUGUCCUCCUCUAUGCCGACCGCGCUGGAGAGUUAAGGGUGGUCAUAACCAUGCGCUCGGCUACGCUUCGCAACUUUUCAGGCCAAGCUGCAUUUCCGGGAGGCAAGGCGGAUUCUGUUGACGAGUCACCAUAUCAAAUAGCCCGCCGCGAGGCCUGGGAAGAGAUCGGCCUGCCUAUGGACGACAGCAAGAUCCCGGCGCCGUUCGUGAUAGAAAACCUCUGCUACCUACCGCACAGCUUGGCCAGGACUGGUCUGGUAGUCAGGCCGUGCGUGGCCUUCCUGCACCCGGACCCGACCAAGGUCGACGGGUCAGAGCUGCCCAACGUGGACGAGACGCUGAUCCCCCGACUCGACGCCAAGGAGGUGGCAGCCGUGUUCAGCGCGCCGUUCCACAACUUCCUCAAGGCUCAGGACGAGGGGACUGGGCCGGUGCCGUCGGGCCAGUGGUACGAGGGUCGCUGGACGGAUUACAACGACUACAGGUGGCGGCUGCACUACUUUUACGUGCCCAUCGACCGGCAGCGCGUCACGAGGCCCAAGGAGCGCGAGGGCGGCCAGGCUGCGCUGGCCGAGCCCGAGGAGUCGGCCCCCGAGGUCAGGUUCAAGGUCUGGGGCAUGACGGGGCGGAUGCUGGUGGACGCGGCCCGUCUUGCAUACGGGGAGGAGCCCGAGUUUGAGCACAAUGAGGAUUAUGGGGACGAGAAGAUGAUUAACGAGCUCGAGAGCCAGAUUCUGGAGACGAAGCUGUGA